UGGUGUGCCACAUUUUUUUUGUUGGCUCCCUGCCCUUUUCUCCACACCUACCCUCCUUCCUCUUGUCGCCGUGGGCGAUUCAUUGUCGCUGUCUUGGUUUCGGUUCCUAGAGCCUUCGCCCCCAUUCCCUCGAUUUCACAGCUCUAUCGUUCUCAGAACCAUAGCCGCCGACACUGCCGAGCUUGGAGGUUUGCGCGCUAUCUGGUUCGACCUCAUCCUACGCUAUCAAUAGCUGGGCGCCUGACACAAUAAAGCUUGAUACCUUGCCCGCUACGCUUCGCUGGGCGUUCUAGAGCAUCUGAUAGACCGUGGGUGGCACAGUCGUCCCAGCUAUAAGAGUAUUUGUGGUUUAUAUACAGAAUAAGGCGUGACUUGAAUGCAGUGCUAAGAAGUGGAGAGUUGUGGAUUUUACAACGUCGAUCGGAUACCCUCAGGUCUUUCCGGUAUAUAAUUUCGCAUUUCUUUUUGCGAAUAUGUCUACUGCAGUUGCGCCUGCCACAGCUGCCCCGUUAACAUCUUCGCACAUGAAUCGCGAUCCGAGUCCCAAAAAUUGCCCAACGUUGGCACCCACAGCUGGUAGCCAUUCUACCUCCUCUCCGCCCCGGCCUUCGGGGCCCUCUCGGGAUGGGUCGUCCUCAAAGAGUUCGCCCGCGGGAAGAAAACAAACGUCGCCUGCAUCGCAAAAUGGAAGUGCUGCCCCUAAGGUUAUCGUCAAGAAAGAGCCCCCUUCUUCGCCUGCCAUGCAAUCCCACUCUCGACCUCGCCCGCGGAAAUUAGACCUAUCAACGAGUCUUCCAACCUCCGGGGGUUUAUCAGCCCGCCCUCCUGGUGGUCCUAUGACGGCCCGGGAGGGUGUCAAUAUGCACCAGGUUGGAAUCGCUUGCCUAUCGCCGGGUUUCCAGACGCAUGAUCCAAUUAUGAGAGAACAGUUGCAGAGAAGUCUGUCAGUCAGAGACCAGCAGAGGUCAAUAAUUGAAUCACGGUUGCAAAGGUCAGCCAAGGAUGACGGCCCAGACGGAAUAAAACCAUCUGAAUCCUCCUUCGGUCUCCCCAAAGCUAGUGCUUCGAAGCGGAGGCCUCCCCCAGGUCUCUCCAUCGUUCCGCCAUCUGCAGCGCAAUUUGCCAAUGAACGUGUCAUCCAAUCCGCACCAUUGAAUCAGACCUUUACCAGCAGACACCAACCACAGCCGUUGACGCGCCAAGUUGCCAAUCAGAGUCCUACAUUGGGGUCGACAUCUCAUCUUCAUCAUAUCCCUGUUACUCAAACGAACAAUCGGCUUCCUCCACUUUCCGAUGUUUUCGGCUCUGAUGCUUUGGGCUCCCGUGAGCAGAACUCAAACCGUGCGCCGUUUUACCAGAACGCAUCCAAUCCCAACUCUUCCCAGUCAAACAACCUGCCGCCGUUACCGUCUCCUAGAAUUCCAGGAACCGCCACCCAGGUUCCCAAGCGGCCACGGGAAUACCGUUCGGCAGAGGAGGCUGUUCAAGAGCUGUCGGGUGGACGGGAGGACCUGCUACCACGUAUCGUGCACUAUGGGGGCCAUCAGCCCCCGACUCCACCAUCCCCACGUGCCGUCAAUGGCCAACCUAAGUCCGCAGCAGUUCACCCAGAAGCGGCUCCGGUACCCAAUGCCCAGGUUCCCCCCUCCCAACCUAUGUACCCCUCUGAGAGGACCGCUCGUCGCCGCACUAGAAGUGAGUACGAGCAAGACAACGGAAGUCCUCCCCUAGGCCACGGUCCUGAACUACAGUAUCGGCCAAACCCAGCGUUGGCACCCGGAACAGGAGCUAGCUAUGGCCCAUUCGGAGCCGGCAGAGACUCGCCUGAGUCCCAGCGGAGAAAGAAAGAAGAAUUUUUGGCACUAUGCGCAAGAGCAUGGGAUCUGUUUCAUUCAUAAACUUCUUGUUAAUCACGGCCAAUCUUCUUCAGUACCCUUCAAAACCGUCCAACUAUAGUUCAUGUCCAGCAACUCAGACGGGAGAUCGUUUUUCUACCCGUCUGUUGUGUCCACAGCAACGUGAGACUCAUAGUUUGAUGACUGGCCAGUAGCGGAUAUUAUAGCAACCGCUCGGAUGUAUCUUUAUACUGGGCGGUGUCAGCCACCUGGACAUGAUGAAUAUGCAUGACUAUUUAUACGAACAGCAAGAACAGGAUGCCAUCCUAACUGGUGGAGGGUUAGGUUGUUUUUGACGUUGCCCUUACAUUGGGAUUUGAUAUUUUCAUUUUCAUCGUUCUUACCAUCUACUUUAUCCUUUUUCUUCUUCUGCAAUUUCUCUUUAUUCGUUUUU